GCGCGCGCUAUCCAAUUUAACCAAAACAAGUGAAAAAUAUAAAAAACAUACGUCGAUAUGUAUUUUCCACGAUCGAAGUGAAAUAAGAUCGGAAAUUGUGUUUGGAAAAGCCAAGAACUAGAUGAAAAAAACAAAAACUGUAUACACGACAAGUAUGGCAUCUGUUUCGUCAAUAUUUCCGUUAAUUUUGGUGAUAAUUUUUGCUGUGGGCCAAAUAAAUGCAGCCGCAUUGCAGCCAACUAAAACACUUGAUCUCGACGACAGCAAUCUUAAUAAAAAUGAAACAUCAUCUACGUAUAAAUCGAUUGAAGAGGAACAUUUAACCGUGAAUGAAUCAAAAGUGGUAAUCGAUUUUUAUACGCCAUCACAACCGAAUGAAUCAAAUGGAGAUCUAAAAUCGACUGAUAAAAAUGUAACGCCAUAUGUGCAAUUGGUGAUUAAUCAACCGAAUGAAAGUAGUUCCUCAACGACAGAACAACAGCAAUCAAAUACCGACAGUCAAAUCAGCGAACUUCCGACUGUCGAAAGUUCGAAAGAAAAUUCGUUACAGUUGAUUCCACCUGCAGAUGUAAAUGCAUCAAUUAACAAACUCGAAAAGGAUUCACCACAGAAACAAGGCCAAAUUAUUAUCAGGUAUGAGUAAGGCUUCACAAUAAUU